GAAGGGACCGCCCCGUCUCUUACUCGUGUUCGGGGAAAGGAAACCUGAGCGCUCCGGAGCUUCCGCAGCCCCUUCCCUGGGAGCGCCGUCGGAUGGAGCUGGGGCAGCAUCCCUAUGGUCCGCUGCGGGAGGAGGGGGACACGGAGCGGCUGCCCCGGAGCACCCUGAUCCCGAUGGAGGCCCCGCAGCCGCCCCCCCCCCGCGACCACCUGGUCUGGUCCAUCUGCACCAUGCUGUACGCCAACGUCUGCUGCCUCGGCCUCCUGGCGCUCGUCUACUCCGUGAAGUCCAGGGACCGCAAAGUGCUGGGUGACUACAGCGCAGCUCAGAGCUAUGGCUCCACCGCCAGGCAGCUCAACAUCACCGCCCUGGUGCUCAGCAUGGCCCUCGGCGCCCUCAUCAUCUUCAUCACCAUCCUCGUCGUCAAUGGCGCCAUCACUGCCAUGAAGAGCUUCACCAACGAGCAGGAGCAUCAGCCCUUCUAUGGCCCCACUUAGCCCCCUCCUUGCACAGGCACAGCGACACCUCCCUGGAGCACCCCAGAGCCUGUGGGGUCCUAUCCUGCUUCCCUCGCUGCUCACAGCCCUUAUGGAGCCUUUCCUUGCCUCCCUGGAGGUGCAUGGAUGCACCCUGGGAUCCGAGCUCCCAUAAACUGCCUAUAGCAAAGGGGCAGAGCUGUUCUCCUGCUGCUGCUUCGCUCUGAUUUACGGCCCCAAGUCCCCCUGCCAAAAACCUGGUUCAAAUAAAGGUUUCUGUCACUUUU